UCUGCUCCACCAAUUUGCUCUGGGGCUUUGAACAAAUCCUUUUUGGCCCAGCUUCUCACAGGCACCUGACAGAGACAGGAGCCAGCAUCUAAACGAGCUCUUUGUCUCGGUAUCUUACUUUCCCCAUUGGUAAGCUGGGACAAUUCUCUCUCACCACUUCCUCGGGGUGGUUUUGGUCAUCACUCACAUGUCUGAAGCACGGCGAGAUUUGCAGAUGAAAGAAAUAUGGUGCUGCAAUGGUGCUGCACGACUGUCUGCUGGACUUGGGCACUCAGCCCCCGCCCUGCCUCCAGACGCAGCGGCUCCUGGCUCCCUGCAGCGCUGGCGAAGCAGCCGGAGCUCCGAGGGGCAGCCGGUGACACCCAGCUGCAAUGGGCAGGGAGGCUGCUGCCAUCCCGGCAGCCGCAGUCCCACCGUGAACAUCUGCAUCUCUGCAGCACUGCUCAGGGCUGUCAGUGCCAUCCUGGAGCCCCGGGGGAGUUUCCCUCCCACCUACAGGUUCCUGCCGCGCUGCGGAGGGAGGCGAGGUUUGUUUCCUUCCCGACCCUAACCUGCCCCUCGCUCUUCUGCUGAACAGAUCCGGCAGGGCUUGCAGCUCCCCUGGUUCCCCGGACGGGUAAUUCAAGCUGUGAGUCCCCUGCUCUGCUUUUCUAACUACAAAAACCCAGGAACUGUAACCAGGGAAAUAAAGGCAAUUCACUGGCAUGGGUGAGCCUUGCUAAGCCCCGUGCCAGCCCCGCACACAGAGGAUGGAGUCGUGCUCAGGAUGAUCUGGGAGCUGCAGCACCCCUUCAGCGUGCUGACUGCACCUCUCACACCCACAGCUCUGUGGGGCCAGGCUGGGAACGAUGGCUGCUCCAGAUAACAGACCGACACCCACUCAAAAAGCAGGAGCUGCCCUGGCUCACAGCGGCAAAGUCAAAGAUUUCUAUGGCCGGCCACGCUGCUCAGGGCAGGACCAGCUCCCGCACAGCCCAGCAGCAGCUCCCGCAGCUUCUACCUGCAGCCAGGGAGGCACAGGAGGAGCGUGGGCUGUCCCCAGCCAGCAGAGAUUGCUGCUCAUGUGAGCUUCCCUUCCCCAUGGCCUCCUUUGGCCCAGAACCCAGAUUCCACAGCACCCACACUGCUGCAUCUUCAGGCUCUGCUCUGCCGGCAGCUGCUGGGAUGCCUGCUGCACGCACACAGCCCCUGUGAGCGGAGAUAAGGCUGGUGGAACUGAGAUACGGCGUGCAGGGGAUUUCCUAGCUUGUGGCAGCAUCUCAGAUUUCUACUUUUGAGAUCAGCAGAGGGAAAAGUCUAGUUUGCACAACAGCCCCUGUAAAGCGGGGCAGCCACAGCUUGGCAGCAGAAGCAGCUUCGUUCUGAUGCUCCCGAAGCCAAACGAACCCCGGGACCGCGUCCCUGCAAGGCCCCCUGCAGCCACGGAGGGGCUGGGAGGCUGCGGGGGGCUCCCAAAGAUGCCCAGUGCCAUCGGCAGCAGCGAGGUCUCUGGGCUGGCCGUACCCCCUGCCUGCCAUCCGUUCUGCCCCACAUCCCCGAGCCUCGUGCCAAGGGCUGUCUGUCCCCUGUGGCAGGGAGACACGGCUAUGGGGACACCCGGGCACCGUGGCGCUGACCCUUCACACCGGGCACGGCGAGCAAAGGGGUCGCUGGCAGGCUCUCACCAGCUGGGAGAAAGUUUCCAGAUAACACACGCCUGGAAAAGUCAAUUACCUUGCUCCCUUCCCCGCUGCAGACAUGGGCACCCCUGACUGACACACGGCUUCUCUGUUGUGCUUCUCAUGCGCCCACUUGCCCCAGAAUACCCACCCUGCGCUCACCAGGCGGUGCUCAGGACGUUUCCUCCACUGCCCCGUGGGGGAAAGGGCACCACGAGCCCUGGGAUCACCUGUGUGAGCAGCAGGCACACACCAGAGGCUCAGGUUGGUACAAGUAAAUCCGCAGCUGAUGGUGGAUGAGUCCCAGUGCCACUGCUGUAUGGCCCAAGGAGCUUCCACAUUAUUCGACCUUCCUUGCACUGAAAUACAGGUUUUAAAUCUCCCAUUGGCAUCAAAAGAAAAUGGACUCCACAAUAGCUCUGCAAAUAUCCUAAAAAUUCUCCCAUCUUGUGUGACUUGGGAUAGUGUUAGAAGUUUGAUCUGACCAUGCACCAGAAGGCCAAGACUUUGCUCCACAGAUGGAGAGAAGAGACAUAAUUAUCGACCUGUGCAGAGGCACAAUGAACCCUCCCUCAGAGGAGAACACAGCCCUAUGUGGUCCGUCAGAUGGCACUGCUGCAAGCGCCCCACCGGCACCGCUCCUCCUGCCCCAGACCUGCAGGACACCAGCCCAGGCCACCACAGCGGCAUUCCCCAUUGCCCACAACCCUGACUGGCAUUGUUCCCCAAAACUGGAGCUUUUUCUAAGGGCUGGAGCAGGAUUCCCAGGGACACGCCGUGGAAGGGGCUUUGUGCUGGCAGAGGCGCCCUGGGACGCUGUGAGUGCCUCCUUCAGCACCUCUCCCAGCUGCCCCAAUUCCUUCCCGAGUAAACGCCCGCAACAACAACAGCCACAGCCCGAACCCACUUCCUCCUGCUCGUGGACUGUCCUCAUCACCGCAGCGCUCCUCAUCGCAGUGAAACCAGAGCCUCAUUUGGCAGAGCGAUGAGGGGAGCGGGGCUGGCUGCUCAAAGGGAUGUGCAGAUCCUCUGUGUCAGGCGCGGAGCCGGGCUCAGCACGGCGGAGGCAGGGGACAGGGGAACACGCGGCCCCAUUGGACGAGAGCCUAGUUAAGAUCCGUCUGUGUCAGCCCAAAGCUUAAUCUGGAUUGAUGCAAACUGCAGAAAGUAUCAUUAGAGACUGUCUGGGGAAGUCAGAGAGCUUCUCUGCUCCCUUCUUGUCUUCCCCAAUAAUAGAGAUAUUUCUGUUUACAAAGGUGGACUUGAUCCGCAGCAUUUCCUCUGUAGAUCUCCGGUAUUUGCAUGUGUCACCCUGUUUUCCCUGGCUCAUUAAUCACUCACUGUGCUUGUCAAAUUGGAGCAGUGCCUGCUGUGCUCCCGCAACCUGCUCUGGGGGCCCCAGGCUGUUCCUAGCGCUCCUCUGCAGCUCGGUGGCACUUCAGAAGGCAGCCACCCGCCGCGUGCCCCCACGCUCGCACCCCGAGAGCCCCGCGGCGGGCGGGAGCGGCGCUCCUGGAGGCUGCUUGGCAGGGAGAGAAGCUCAGGGCUGCUUGUUUGCUGCAGAGCAAAAUCCUGUCCCUAAAUCCCAAAUAAAACAGCCUUCAUCAUCCCUGGGGGCAGCGUGGUGUCUCUCAUGCUCCGGGACACAAACCUGUGCCUGGCCUCUGCUGUGCCCAGCGCGCAGCGAGCCCAGGGCCCUGCUCCCAGCACCGAGCCCACGAGGGGCCGAGCAGUGCUGCCCCCAGCUACCUGCUGUGGUGCACGGUCCCAGACCUCAGCCCUCUCCCUCUUCCCUCACAUCCUCACUGCUUGGUUUGUUUUCUUCCUGUUCAAAAACAAGAAGAAAAAAAGGAAAAAAAAAAGGCAUUUUGGUAUGUGGCAUCAUGUUCGCUGUCUUUAGGGGCCACCAGGAUCGGGCUGGGGCCAAGCUCUGCCUUCCAGGUUUUCUCCCCAGGCAGCUCACCCGCAGAGCCGCACUCGCUCCUGGUUUUUCUUGCCCUGGUAGCAAGGGCUUUACAGCACAGUCCCUGGUUUUGAUACAAGGUGAAAGCACUAGGUGAAAGCACGCCUUGCCUGGCCACCAGGGUACUGGGAGAACAGGGGAGAGAAGAGGGACGUGAGCCCAGAACAAAGGUGUUCAGAGCAGGGACAGCCCGGCCGGGAAAGCCAGGUCUGGGCACAGCUUGACCACGUCCCCGGGCACCGGGCUGCAGGGAAGGGGAGCUCCAGCUGGUUAGGAGCGAGGCCAUCUCCUCUUCCUGCCUUCCCCAGCAGCCGGUGGAUGCGGCUCCAGGAGCUGCUCCCCUUCUCCUUCCCUCCCGUUUCUAAUGGCUGGUCUCUGUGAGUGCAACGAGGAGCCGAGGCCUGGUAGGGCUGGGGAAAUUCAAUAUUGCUGAAACCAGGACAGGAAACAGCGCUGUGUGCCUGCAGUCACAGCUCCGCAUUAAGUAAUUUGUGUUAAGCUGGAGAUGACACAAUGAAAUGCUGAAAUUUCCUUGUCUGUCCCAGCAUGCAGGGCUGUGUGGACUUCAAAGGUUGGGUUUGGAAAUUGCAGGUAUUUGUAGGGCGCCCACCCCUUGUCACAAGCUCUGACACACAUUGAGGCAUUUACCAAAGCUGACCCACUGGGGAGGGAGCAGGGCCGAGGGAGGCCCAGUCUCAGGGCUGCAUGCAGGCAAUGCUGGGGACAGCGGAUGUUUCCCCAUAAAUCACUGAGGAGGAAAAUCCCACAGGUUCCAGGUAGCUCGUUUCAUCUGAAGAUUUUUACCCAAAACGUCCCUGAGCUUCCUGGUGUGCGGAGCUCGGCGAGGCCGGUGUCCCAGGAGAUUCCCAGUUCCUAGACCAUUCCUGCCUAUUUUUAGUCACGUCAGAAAUACCCCAGCGGCAGUGCCCCUCGCUGCCUGCCGUCCGCACACCCCGAGGGCAGCUGGGCUCUGGCCGAGGAGUGGAAAAAGUUCGCUCUGCCUCGUCUCCAGUUGCAGCAGGGAGCGGAGGGUUCCAGGAGCAGCGCGGGGCUGGGGGUCUGCCCACGCUGUCCCCUUGGCUCUGCUGGCACCAAGGCCUGCACAGCAGGGCAGAAGCCACGUACCUGCUUGUGGUACGGCCGUGGCCGUGGAUCAGAGCCCAGAGGCUCCUGCUUUAUCUCCCUGCUCUGACUUUCCACCAGUGAGAAUCAGUGCGACAGGCAGCCUGAAGCCGAAGCUCAAUGUGAAGUUACACUUCAGGUCCUAUCUGAGUGUUGAAAUGAAGCUGUGGAAGCCUCUAUUGGAAUCCUAUUAAUUGCUAUUACGUUUCCCAAAUAUGUUAAUAGCAAGUUAUUGAUAUGAGUGCUCAGCAGCCAGCAAUGGGAAGGGCAAACCAAGACCCUGGAGAGCUAGGAAGGUAAUGCCAGAGCCAUUUCGUGCCACAGCCACUCUGAUACAAGCAAUCACAGGGAAGUAUCUCGUGGUUUCCAUAUGACGAGUCGCAGCAGGAACACACAAAUCCCUCGUUGUUAUCCGUGGCACUGAGCUGCCACAGCCCGGGAUGCAGCAGUGCGGGUAGAGGGAUGGCAGCGAGCUGCUGUGGGAAGUCCCGAACAGCCAAACCCUGACCCUCACCACGCACGGCACGGACACAGCCCGACUCUUGCAGCAUCGCAGAGCGUCCCCGCAGCUUCCUCGGUGGUGUUCUGCUAUUUCUGCAGACUUCUGCUCAGCUGCACACCGCCGAGGUAGAAGCCACGCCAUUUCCACAGCCUCGUGGGAAGUCUUUGCUGCUGUUAAUUACGAAAUUGCAACAGGAGCCCUGAAAAUAGAGUUCUCAUGCCUGUGAAAUCAAGGAGAGGGCCAAACGAGCAGCACUUCUCCCCUCACUAACUCACUUAAUGAUGUGCUUGAAUUUAAGCUACUGCUUAGGCCUUUUGCUGAAGCAUUAUGCUGCGCUGGGACGUGCAGUGCUUGAUUUUUCCUUCAUGUGAGGCUCACGUGUCUCAGUGGCUGGACGGUGCAGCACCAAGCCACUGGUGUGCUCCGGAGGACACACACACAGCUUGCUCUUUGUACUGCUUAGGAGUGGACUCCGGGAACUUCUGCCUCAUUGCUUCGUCUCACCCUCAGAAGCCUUGCACAGAAUCCCUGAAUUUCACAGUUUUCUUUUCCUUAUCUGGGUAUUUAUGGCUCCAGCUCUGUUCUCCAUCUUCUCCCACCUUAUCUUCAGGUCAGUUUGCUCCUUGUCCUCAUGUGAAUGAAAUCUCACAUAUGGUGUUGUGUAGCAAUUAGCAGAUACCUUUUCUUUUAACCCUUCUGUCAUUUCUUCUGCUGCAUUUUCACACAUGGAGAUACACACACACAUUUCCAUUCAUAUUCCAUUCAUACCAAACCAAGUGUUUCUAUUAAACCUCUCUGCGGACACAGGAAGGCCAGACCUACCCCCACUGCUGGAUGGCAAUUAAACAAUUCACUUUCCUCUAAACUUUCCUCCAGUCUACUGUAAUCUUUAUCAAGACAAUCAAGCCAACCCAAAGCAAAUUAAUAUAGAUAUGCCUGCUCAAAGCAAAUAAUCAUUAGAGCAAUCUCUCUGGCCGGGGAGGGCUUAGUUCUCAUCUUUUCUUACUGUUUACAGAGUCCCUGGCAAGGAAAGGACACGUUUCAUUUUCUCCACUUCAGUGGGGUGAUCUAAUGGGCUGGAGUGGACUGAGCUCUGGAGCAUGGUGCAGCAGCCAUUAGACGACGCAGGGACGAGACAAAUCAGCCCUUUGUAGCUUCAGGUCCUCCAAGUCGCCUGUGGGACUGAGCUAACCAAGAAUCAGCAGAACAGAAAACCGAGCGCUCGGCCCCUGCAUGACUCGCGCUGCUUUCCCCGGGCCAGGUCGCCUCCCGCAAGGCAGCCAGAGGGGCACGGGAGGAGCUGCGGUGGCACGGAGCUGCAAUUAGGGAGGCUUUGCAGGGAGGGGAGCAGGGAAGGGGGUUCCACAUCACAUCCUACAGGGAAGCAGUCUGAGGAGCAGUGAGGGCCCUGUGGUGCCGCUCCCAGGCACAGGGCUGCGUCUGCAGCUUCGAGAGGUGGCCCCGUCCCCCCCGAAUAUUCACCAGGGCAGUGCAACCCCCUGUGUCUCAUCCCCGUGGGGCAGCAGGGUGCUUAUUUGACUCUUCUAGGAGCAUUCCUUGUUAUAAAUCAUCAAGAGGAGAAAAUGUCAAGACCCUAGAGGCAGCAUCACUCACGAGCCCAGCUUGUACUUCCCCACAUGGGGACUUGGACCAGAAGUGCCCACAGCUCCCCCGGGCAGGGCACCAGGAACAAGCCCGUGGCACUGCUCUCACUGCUCACCCCUGAAAGCUGAGCUUCUGCCUGGAGUACCUGUGAACAUACAGCGUCGGAGUCUGAAGCAGUUGUUGUAGAACAGAAGUGAAAGUCGUGCUCCGACACACCACCUUGUUCCUGGAACAGGCACAGAAGCUAAAUUAGCUGUAGCGAUUAGUCACUGCUCUGACCUCGUGCUUGGGCCAGCGGGGAGUCACGGGGCUGAAGCGAUGCCAUUUCCUUUGAAAAAUGAUUCAAAAGUCUUAUGCACACCCCGCUUCCCAGCCAGAUGUUGUGUCUCCCAAUUCCACCCUGAUAUUUCUUACUGGUAGUCAAAUAUUACAUCCCUUUGAAGUGCCUGUUGGGUCACCUGUCCCGGCUUGCCAGAGGGUUCUGCUCCUGUGUUUUCCCCACAUCUCCUUCUACAACCUGGCCCCGUUCCCCUGCCCCUGCUGUGGAAAUGACAGCGCCGGCCCUGCUGCAACGUGAACGAGGAGGAGUUGCUCCACUAAGGGAAAGAAAACAUUGCCAGAUGAAGAUCCAAGGCGGACCAGCCAGGGCGUCCUGGAAGAGAGUCCGAAGGCCUGCGCUGCAUUUGUUGCUACUGUACGUACGCCUGUGCCCCUGGGUGUGCGGACACCCAGACAGGACAAGGCAGCUCUGCUUUUCCCACCGUUUGCACCCUUCCGGCUCAGCACCACGGCUGGAUUCAGACAGAUCCACCCUGCAGGCGUCUCCCACCUCCCGGGCACAGCGCGGGGAGCAGCUUACAGGCAAGUGCCCUGCAGGGUGACCCUCUGAGAGGCAUUUACUGCUAGUGGGGGAAGGCAGGGGGAGAAUAAACACGCGUUUUUCAAAAGCCAGUGUAAAAAUGGUGUGGAAUUAAGCUAGCAGAACAGAAAUUACAGCUGGACCCACGAUCCAGGCUGAAUAACGGAACAGCUGGAGGCCUUGUCCUUGAGGUGCCAGGGGGUGGCUGGUUGCUCAGAUAGCUAUUUACCACCAGCACAUUUCCAGAUCCAUUGGAAAGUCCUGCUACAGUUUCAAAACAAUGGUCCCCUCUCCUUACACCAAAAUUACAAAAAAAAAAUAAGAAAUAGGCUGAUAAAAUACAGAGUAGCCUCACAAGCAAUUGGAGGUAUGGCAGCUCCUACCCACUGGGUAUAAUUUUUAACAACCCAAACCAGCUCCAGAAUAAAGCACAGAAAAUGUCAGCCCUUUGUAUGAAAGGGCUUUUGAAAAGCCAAGCUGAUUCCAAUUUGCCGGAGGCUUUAAGACAGCAUAUGUCACAGUGCCUGGGAACUGAGAGCCUGCGAGCUGGCUCCAAUGUGCCGGAUAAUGGAGCCGCUACUGCGAGUCCAGCGCGCUCCGGCUGCCACCCUGCUCCUGGUAGCAGUUUCCAGCAUGCUGGCACUCGGUCCAGGCCACCUGCAAGCCAGAUCUGGUCUGUCGGAGGAAACUGGGACCUAUUUUAGUAGCCCAGCUGCAGCUCAGCUCAUUUGCAAGAGGCAGCCUGCCACAUCAGAACUCCUUUAGGAAGCACCAGGAGGCAAUCCAAUCUGCUGCCUCCCGAAACAAGGAGGGUAGGAGGGUGCAUCUCAGGCCCUGCUUAGAUGGCGAAGAGAGGGGAUUGCUGCUGGAGGCAGGAGGAGCCGAGGGCUGUCUCCUCACCGGACACCCUCUGCUGGGCUCCAGGGAGGAGCUCUGACAGCCCCAGGAUUAGGCAGAAUCCCCGGGGCCACUGCAUUUUGUGCCAGCAUCUCACGGAGACUGCCAGGGCCUGGCGCAUGGGCGUUUCACUCCAUGGCACCGACAAGGGAUGCCAGUACCCUCGACAGUCAGCACCCAGCUGAACAAAGAGGCAGAAGGGUCAGGACUGGUCUCUGCAGACCUCAUGGAGCAGCAGAGCUGCAGCUUGCCCUGGGUCUUCACCUGGGGCUCUGGCACAUGGCGCAGCCCGAUGAGCUGCGUGCUCCAGGCAGUGCCUGUGCCAUAACACCCAGCUCCCCUCGCUGCCCCGAGGCUCUGCCGCCCGCCUGCCCCAGCCUGGCCCUGCAGCAGCCCAUGGGGACGGCCCCGUGCCAGCAGUGCCAGGGCUGGGGCUGUACCCGUGCCCUCGGCCCUGCCCUUGGCUGCAGCGCCCAGGCAGCACAGAGCUGCUGGCACAGCACUGCAGCACUGGGAGCUGUCACAGCACCCGUGGGUGAUAUCCAGGGAGCAUGGAAAAGGCUGAGGCGGAGCAGAAUAACCAAGCACUGCCAUCUUCUCCCAGGCCUGGCCUUUUAUCAGACACAGCUUCCUUCUCUUUAGUCAUCCAUUCCUGUUCUCCUGCCAGAACGCAAGCUCAGACCUAACACGCAGGGAUGACUGCGAUGGCAUCGCUCCCAUGCUCACACCACCCCUGUAUCCUCUUUCUUGCUCUGGCUGGAAGGGAUUUGCUCAACCUCCUGAGCACAAACAAUAAAAUUGCCCCUUUGCAGGCAAGUGUCAGCCUCCGGGAAGAGCAGUGCUGUUCACAGCUAUUUUUGUUCCAGUAAAAAGGAGUGGAAAUAGAAAACAAGAGAGCCGUGUCCUCCAGAGAGGGAAUCCGGUCACUCCCACCUCCAUCGGCCUCUUCCCUUCGCAGCAGCUCCCGGCCAGGUGGUGUGGACAGGAAUGAGUCAGACCCAGGACUGGUCAUAAAGCGAGCAGGAAAUGAGAAGCAUUCUCGGUGCAAAAUGUGCUUAUCAGAGGGCUGGAAUUAAGAUGUUCCUUUUCUUAAGGAAUGUUUAUAAUGGAAAUGUUCCUGGUGUUUUUUUAAGAAAAAGGCCUAAUGUUUCAAAUUUUUUGCUUUUAUUUUCUCAUUACAGAGGAAGGAUUUGAAACCACACACAGGCUGUUACUCUUAGGAUAAAAUGUUCCCCCAGCGUUAGCCUGCAGUGGACAUCCCAGCAAUGCGAGCCCACUGCAGGAGUGAUCACGACCCAGCAAAUCCUAAUCCACCCCAAAAGAACGUCCCAGGAAGGCAAUUAGGGGCUCACAAAGCAGCUUUUGCACCUGACGCCAGGAGUGGCACUGCCCAGGCUGGGCAGUGAGCCGCUGCCCCACGCAGCCCCCGAGCUCCCCCAGCUCCGUCGGCGUGCCGGCAGCUUCCUGUCGCAAUCCAGCUGCAGACCGAGGGCUCCUCAUUACUACCUCAGCCAUUUCAAAGCUUAAAUGCAAUUAUUACGGUCUGAUUAGGGACAACAGAGAGAGGCAUAAUUUGCUGACAGUGAUACUCGCAGUAAUUAAUCUCCCAGAUCCUGCCUUACAGGGCCGUGGAUGCCUUGACGUGGGUGCUGGGAUGUUCCAACCACCGGCGUGCCUUUAUCCAGGGUGCCUGGUCCAGAUGCCAGCAGGGGCAGAGCACCCAGGGGGGCAGCACCCCCCAGGCAGCUCGGGCAGGCGGCCUCGGCCCUGCACAGGGCCCUGAGCUCAGCAGGUCAGGAGGAAAACCCCGCUUUUAGGUGGCGGAAGGAGCCGUAAAGCCCUCAGAGCCACCACCUCUCACAGCACACAUCAGCACUGGAAAACUUCAGCACGGGUCCUAGCCCUGAACAGAAACACCAUCACGCCAAGCCCGCAGGCUCUGGGGUUUACCGCAGCGCAAGAGUGGGGAAGUUGCAGCUACAGCGAUGAAUAGAAAGACACAGAGAUAAGGAGGGUGUGAAAUCUGUAACCGGAGCGCGCUCGAAGCAGGGCGGGGAGGAGUCGGGCAGAGCAGGCAGGGCACCGGGAGGACAGGCAUUAACCUCCUGCGGGUGCCAGGAGGGCCAGGGAUGCUCAGCACCCAACCUCGCGACUCCUUGGCCUCGCUGACACGACCCACAGCAAAGCAGGGGCUGUGAGGGGGCACAGCUGGAUGCUGCUGCUCUGUCACAGGAACCGGGUCGGGGCCAGCAGCGCUGCCCACGUGCUGCCCACGGCUCACAGCCACCACGCACUUCAAAACCGAGCCUCGGAGAGCGGCAUUUCCUUCACGGGGGAAAAAAAAGUACUGCAGCUGAAGCUGAGAUCUGAAAGGGGCCCUGGAAGAGGCAAAGAGCCAGCACACAAGCUGCCUUUGGAGCUGCCACGGCCAGUGCUGAGCUCGGGGCCCUGGGCUGGGAUUGACUCACGCUGCAGCCUGGAACGGGGCCCGUCCAAACUCUCCCACUUUGAUCACCUUUUGCAGAAAAAUGACGUAAAGAUUAGAUGCUCGUUAACAUCUGGGUAAGCCAUUUGCUGCAGCAGCUUAUCUUGUCUGCUAUUUGCCCAUGGAAAAAAAGAAAACCCAGAAACAGCAUGCACAGGAAAGCCCCAGCACCACAGCACUGGAAAGAUGUUGCUGGAAAGUCCAUCUGGUCCCUGAGCACCAGUCUGGCUUCUUCACCCACAGGAAUUUCCACAGAGGCAGAAGCAGCUCAGGGCUGGGGCUUCCCAGCUCGACUCCUACCGUCACGAUGCCAGGUUACGCGGUUAACUGGAUGCUCUCUGCUUCUGGACAAUGGUUCACUGAGCACAGCUGUCACCAACCAGCCGCGGAGCAGAGCCUGAACAAAUGCAUCCAGGGGAAAUCAGAUAAUGGAGGUGGAGAGCGUCCUGUGAUCCAUUUAACUGUGCCUGCUCCCAGGAGAGCACCACGGAGACUGCUGGAUUUGGGAAACCUGCCUGGCCACGCGCACGCUGGUGGUGGGAGACGCUCAUGGACAGCAGGGCAGGAUGGGGUGGGGAGGGCAGAAGGGGUGAUGCUCUCAGCAGGCUGUGGGACCAGUGGGGACGUCAGUGACAGCCUCACUGAGCAGGUCUGGGGACAGGCGUGGGUGCUGUUCUCCAGCCAGGGUGAAUCUCAGUGAGCUGCUGGCUGCACACAGCCUGUUCCCCAGGUGAAAUCCCACCAAGGCGCCGUGUGGCACCUCCGCUGAGCCAGGUGAGUCCUGCAGCAUCACCUGGCUCAGACAGACUCAGACCGCUCUCCCCCUGUCGGCUUAGUAAUUAAGAAGUUGUUCUUGCCAGGUUAAGAACACAUCUUUCUUUACAGAGCAGCCAGCUCUGUUUACCCCUAAUUGCACUCUAGGUAAGAGGUUAAGAGGAGAAAGGAUCUUAUUAUCUGGGUGAGCUGAAAACAAAUCCCCUACCAGGAGGGCCCAGGCAGCUGUUUGUGCUUCUCCAAGGGCAGGGCUCUGCCUCCGGAACCUCCCCAGAGCCUCAUCCCCACCCCAGAGAAUUAAUUAUCUGCUCCUUGUGCCUGGGCAGAGAGCGGAGGGGAGGCGAUUUCUUUGUUUUACAAGAGGAGUUGUGAGGCUGAUGAAUUAGGCCUAGCUCAGUGCUCGGAGUCAAUUACAGCCCAGCCUGGACCGGCUCGGGGCCGUGCAGCGCAGCGCACCUGGUACAGGGAUGCACACGUCCACGCACACGGAGCUGACGCAAGGCAGGAUUUCUCCUGCGAGGGGCUGAGACCACUCACACUGAUCCUAUCGAUCGGCCAAGGGCUGCAGAAGAAACCCCUGGUGGUGCCAGCCAGGCUGGGCAGUCCCAGGAACCAGCAGCGUGGCCACCACCGCCUGGCGUGCCGGCAACGGGCGCCUCCAGCGCAGGUGCUGGCUUCAGGGUACGCAGCAGGGCAGCACCCACGAGGGAGGCAGCAGUGGUUUAGUGCUCCUCGGGUCUGUCCUGACCACCAAGGAGCGAGGAGGCCAGCACGCAGCACGCCAGCAGCCAGCUCGAGAUGGAGCUGGGAGCACAGGGACGGCGCAGGGCGGCUGCCAGGCACCCGCUGGGGUGCCAGCAGGGCUCAGUGAGUCGGAGCUGAGGGAAGGCGCACAGGGGACUUCACACAAAGCAUCGGGACCUGAAAGUUUUUAAGUACACAGAAUCAAAAAAGCAGGUUCAAAAGCGCUGAAGUUCUCCGAUUGCCUUUAGCCCUAAGACGCCGGUCUCCCCACAGUCGUUUCUGUCACAGGGAGGUGGAGCUGCCUGGGAGGGCUGCUUGCCCGGGCUCCUUUCUCUGCAGAUGUACUCGCAUUUCCCAUGCAACCCAGAAAACGUGCUUAUCUUCCCUGGGCAGGGAUGCUUCUUGACACAGCCAAGAGGAGCUGCAAUACGCUCUCUGUGGGAAGCAGGGCGCAUUCUCGGCAGGAAUUCCUUUCCCAUCUCCUGAGCACACCAGUCAGUUCUGAAGCAAUCUCUUCUUCUCUGUUAACAGCACAAAGCGUUGGCAGAUUACCCAGCUUAAAAAGUAAUUUAAACUGCACUUAGAAUAUAUUUCAUGAAACAUUUCUGAAAACAUUGCCACUUCCAGUCUCCAGCCAUGACAGUAGCAUCUGAAAGAAGCACAGUGCAGUGAAACCUCUCCCUUAAAGUCAGAUCUCUUGAAAUUUCUGCUGCUUCAAGCUGCUGUUUCUAUUCUUUAUUCACUUAAAAGGUGAGGGAAAUAGGCAUAGUCAGUAUCAGAUUUUGUUGUUUUAAAACUCGUGGAAGUAAAUACUUUGAUCUAAUCACAUGUAAAUUAUGUGUCACUGCUAAAAUAUGGGGCCGCAUGUAAAUCUCAGAUACAAAAGCAGUCAUCACCGUCUCCAUGUAGAAUGAAAAGAAAUGUAGAAUAUUAAAAUCAGGAAGUUCAACUUUAUUAGCAUAACAGCUUCAGUUUAUAUUCAUGUGCACCAAAAAUGCACUCACAGCAAAAUGACUUAGGAAGAAGAAAAGCCCUGAUUCAGCACACUAACGUAACUUGUAUUUAGCUUUAAGCAUGUGCCUAAGUCCAGCUGGGCUUAGGUCCAGAUGAAGAAAAGUCCUCCGAUAGUCAAGACAAAGCCAAUAAAAGUUGAACAGAUUGCAGGCUGACCAAAAAAUCCAGAGUAGUUUUUAUCCGAGUUCAGUCUUUGUUUCAAUUCACGUGUACUCCGUUGUUACACGGCUCUUUGUCCGGGCCUAGCCCAGGUCCUCUGAGGCCAAUAAAUUCCUAAUGAAUACUACCCUUGAAGGACGGAGGACAAAAGCUUCCAGACUGCAUCUAUCUUCUGCUGACAGCAAAAGAGGUGGAUGGAGCAGCUACAGGUAACACCAGCAGCCGAGGAGAGCAUCCUGGUGCGUGCAGAGCUGAGCAGGACGCUCCUCUCUCUCCGGUGAAAUACAAAAACAUCAAAUAUGUGAAGAAUGCACGGGGCCAUGCAUUGACCCUGCUCCCCUCUCCCUCCUGCACUGGUGGCAGUCCAGGGCCCUGGGGCACCAUGUCCCAGGCUGUCCUGGCUGGGAGGUGUCACCCCGCAGCCGCAGCCCAGAACAGAGCCGUUUGUUAAAGCAGAAUGUAGGAAAAGUAACAGGGAAAGGUUUCCUGCCACCUCUAAGUGGAGGAAACUCGUUACCCUUUCAGUACCAGCGGCUGGCAGCCAGACAGGCAAGAAAGGAGUCUCAGCACACACGUCCAGGAGAGCAGCACACGCUGCCAGGCUUUGGGGCAGAAAUGGGAGAAGGGAGGAACCCCAGGUGUGUACAGCUAGGGAAGGAGAAGUCUUACCGUCAGUGAAGCCAGACAGGUUAGUGCAAAAUUGCAACGAAAAGUGAUUGUUCUCAAAGUGAGGAAGAAACACUGAAUAAUCUGGACAGAGCAUUGUCCUUUGAGAACAGGCGCCAGCAGCAGGGAAACACAUUUCAUGAUGAUGCCCAAAAAGCCCUAAGCCCCCCAAAAAACUCUUUGGUGCUACAAUUUCAACCAUUUCCCGACAAUCUUCUGUUCCAGGGUAGCAGCACCACACCCUUUCACAGCAAUGCGGAGCGUCACUGGCCCCAUGCACACGGGAGGAGACCGCGGCUUUCUCACUCUGCACAUUAGGUGACUUCACUCUGUUUGCUGUGAGCUUUUGCAAAAGGUUCCUUUCAUCAGCUGCCUUUGAGGUUCUUUGAAAAAUGGAAAUAAUUAGGCACGUGUAUUUUCAUUGGCACAGAGAGGCUGAAGCCUGAUCUGAAAGGCUUUCCCUUUGCAAGAAAAUAAUAGGUCCAAUUAAAUGUACUUUAUUCUCUGAAGUUCAAACGCCAUAGCUUUGGGGGCAAGAAUUACGUGCGGAACAGGGAUAUAGGUAUAUACGGGACUGGGGUUAAACAUAAUCUGCUCGGGUUUAUAAAACAACGAUGCUGAUGAUUAAUAGGGAAGCAAGGGGUGAAAGAGUGCCACUGCUGUCCAGGGGGACAGCAAAAAAGCCCUGUGUCCACUGGUGCUCGGUCCAUGGAGAACCGAGGGACUCCAUUUGCAUCCGAAAUCACACGCCAAGCUGGGCACCGACGGCUGUGGCUGUGACAAAAACACACGGGCCCUGAAGGGAGCAGGAUCAGACCCCUCAUUAUCACUCUCGAGUCCUUGUUCAGUUAAUUCUUGCAAGAAGUUUCUAAAGUUUCAAAGGAAUAUAAAUCUUAUCAAAGCUUUCCUAAUUGCAUGUAAAUGACAGGUACCGUGUCACCAAGCGCGGGCUGCGGGGAAGGGGCAGCAGAGCUCUCUGGAACCAGGUCUGAUGCUGCAUGCAAAACUCACUGCGGAAUCAAACCCUCUUAGAAAUGUUAACCAAAAGCAAAAUUGCAGUUAAAAACAUCCAGAGAGGAUGCUUGAAAAAUAAUUAAAAUCAUGUGAGACAAAUCAACAUGCUCCUCUGCUUAUGGGUCUUGGCUCUCCAGGGGCUAGCGCCUGUCUUUGCUGCCUGCAAUGGCUUUCUUCCCAUAUGCUUGGACAAAAGACACUUUAUUACAGUAAUUUAUCACCCCAUAAAAGUGGCUUUCUUGUAUUGCUGAAUAAUUUUGAAAGAAAUAUGUUUUAAAAAUUAAAAAUGCAGUCGGUGUAUGCACACUCAGGUCUGCUGGGAGACAUUUCUGCAACUACUGUAACUGCCUGGGUAGUUUUAAUACCUCUACCUUCUAUUAUUUAAAGUAUGAUGAUAUUUUUUCCUUCUCUGAGCUUUGUCAGCUAUAAAUAAAAUAUAAGGGUUGAAUUGUA